AUGGCGAAUCCGCAUGAACCUCAUUUCUUGAAGCCUCUGCUUCCGCCAGAAGGAGACAUGGUGUUUCAUGUCACUCCUUUUGGUCCUAGCUGUUGUGAGAUUCAAUAUACACAUCCUCACAUCAUCAAGGAAGAAGCCGAAGCGGAUGAUGCUGCGGAUGAUGCUGCAGGUGAUGCUGAUGACAAUGAGCAUCACCACAAGAUUAGAGGAACAUGGGCAAUGUCUUCUUUCUCAUUUGAUUACUGUUUUUUGGCUGAGGUCACUGCUUCAAAUCUAAAAGAAGACAAACUUUAUCUUCCUGUGGGAGCUACGAGUUCUACUGCUUUGAACAAACAAUGCCAAGAGAUGAUACUAGUGAACAAAAAGGGAAAAUCAUGGACUGUGAGUUUGCGAUUUAGCGAAUUAGGCGGCAUGUAUUACAUCAGAAGAGGCUGGAGAAAGUUCUGUCUUGAUAACAUAUGCGACAUAGGAGACUUAUUUGUGUUAAAUCUAGUUGGAGAUGGGAAAACUACUCCAUUGAUGUGUGUAUGUCCGGAAAGAAAAGAGUGUUCUGAACUACUGAGCAAACACUUGAGCAGAAAGAGUGGUGAGUCUUCUCCAUUGACUUGCUAG